GAUAGAACUCUCCCGUGAGGGGGAAAUACCGCAGUCCAGGUUCCGCGGCAAUUCUAGACGUCUGAGACAUGUUCGGCGACCCGCUGAAUCGUUUCAUGGAAUACAGAGCCUGCGCCGCUAUUCUAUGGAUGUCUUGAGAAAAACAUAGAUUUCCUCGACUCCAGUUCGCAUCGAGAUUGGACAUCCUGAACUAUUCACUCGACACUCUCCAGAUCCAGUAUGGCCUGUUAAGCUCCUUCUGUCUAGGUAGCUCACGACGAACUUUCCGUCAGGGGAAGAGACGGACAUCGCGCUAAUUUUGAGAAUCUGCCCUUUUUUCUCCAGUUCUCUUCGCUACGAAGGCAGUCUGAACGUGGACCUUGAAGACAUCUGUACGAAUUUAGUUCCUUUUCCUGGACUCCACUUUCUCCUCGCCUCGCUGCCUUCUUCAGCGCAGCCGAGAGAAGAAACCUCUCUUGCGCGAGCCUUCUCGCAAAGCUUCAACGCGCUGCUCUCUCCAGCUCAUCAACUCUUCGCCUGCCACCCGAAACGCAGCCUGUAAAGACCCACAGACAAAAGCAGGGAAAGGCAGAAGAGAAGAAGAGGACCGAAAGGAAAAGAAAGUGGAAGAGAAGUAGAAGGCGGAGAGAGGAAGAGAAAACAACGGCGAAGAGAGGAAAGCAAAAGGAGGAGAGAGAAGAAAAAUAAACAGAAGCAUAAGAGAGAAGACGAGAAAGCGAACGUUCGCUAGACAGGAGAGUUAGGAGAAAGAUAGCAACGCACACAAGGUUCGCUUUUGUUCGCAUGCAAUGAAAUCUGGACUCACAAGGCUCCAGAUGCACACAGGAGUUCGCCAGACGCGCACCGCCAUGAAAAGAUGCGCAUCUAUCUGUCUCCCAUCCCCUCCAUAUUUCUUUUGUUCCUGAGUCAUAUAGUCGUAUACCUGGCCCUGUAAGCCUGUCAAUACCUCGAUCUGUAUGUAUCUCAAGGUAAACGGUUCUUUAUCUGUGUCUGUCUAUCUGCAAAUAAGUGUGUUUGAAACAUCGGAAACAUGUGAGUGUAAAACUCUAUCUUACCUACUGGUGAAUAUGUACAUUCGUAGCGAUCAGGAGAAUUCACGGGCAAGAGGUGAACAACGAGAAAACGUUCGUAAGCUAGAGGCACAGGGGGAAAAGCAUUUAAAUGCGACGCAUGCGCUGCACAUGCAGAUGCCUGGCGGCAGCCUUCCUCGUUCGCGGCGCAGGCAUCUCUGUCUCAGACCUCUUGAACAACAUCGGAAGAGUCCGCCGCAGCCUGAGGGUGCUGAGUGGCAAUGAGGACGCCACAAAAAUUGGCCUCUGCGCCGUCGCUCCUGUUGGCCAGACCUACGGCCUUCUGGGUUUGUCCAACUCGUGCGAGGCUACGCAUCUCUUCUCCUCCGUUCACGAGCGCUUCGACAAGCUGUUUAAAAGGAAGGCUCACCUGCACCACUAUGAGCAGUAUAUGGACCUGGACAUGUUCGUUGAAGCCUCGGAGAGCGUCUUAGACCUUGCUUCAAGCUACGCUUUCUUAAAUCGCAACAAUUUUCCUCCACCUGCUUUCUUGGGGGCUGACCUUCAUGCCUUCUGACCUCAUUUUUCUCUCGUCUGCUCCUUUCGCCUUCUCGCAAGCCGCAGCUGUCUCCGCUGUCUCCUUUUCGGUGAACUGUCUCCGCUGAGUCGUUUUACUGGCCGGGCGUCGCUCGCGGCGCCUGUCCGCGCGUGGUUUUGUUUUCUCUUUUCUUUCGCGGAACGACGUGCAAAGCAAAGGCUCGACAGUCGCAUGCGUCGCAUGCAGGGAUGGCAUUUUCACCGGAGAAAGAACGAGGGAGAAGGAAGGAGAAGGAGGGAGAGAGCAAGGGAGAGUAAACGAACAGAGCAAAGCAGUCGAGAGAAGAACGCGUGAGACAACGAGAGCGCGACAAACCGAGUUUUUUGUCAAUACCGUCGCGGUGUCGUCGUGACAGUGUGAAAAAGCAGACAGACGUCGCUGCAGAUGGAGUGCACAUUUGGAGAGAACUGAUUAUUUAAAUAUGGA